AUGUUUUUCACUAAAGGUCCGAAGAAUCGGAGAACGGUAGAAGUUUUAGUUGGUUUUGAUUUUGGUUUUACGCUUGGAAUUCGCACUCGUUCGUCAAUGAAAGUCGGGUGUGGUAGCUCGUUGACAGAGAGCUGUAGCCGCGACGGAAAAUUGCAAGCUAACUUGGUCGGUUUCACUGAAAUUUUAAAAAUUGCCCGCUUUGACUUACUUUAG